GAUGUGAACCUCCAAACAACAGGCUUGACAAAUUUAAAGGCACACUAACAGCGGAUGGACAAAUGCACUCUUUGGACCAGGACAAAGUGCUUCUACGAGGAUGCACUCUGAGGAACACAGAGUGGUGCUUUGGACUGGUUAUCUUUGGAGGUCCCGACACCAAGCUAAUGCAGAACAGCGGGAAAACGACGUUCAAACGGACCAGCGUUGAUCACCUAAUGGAUGUCUUGGUGCUUUGUGUAUUUGUCUUCCUGCUGGUCAUGUGCUCCAUUCUGGCCAUCGGUCAUGCAACCUGGGAGACGCAGGAGGGUUCAGCGUUCAACGUGUUUCUCCCGGGCGAACCUGGCGUCGAUGCUCCUCUCUCAUCAUUCCUCGCCUUCUGGUCCUAUAUCAUUCUUCUCAAUACCGUGGUGCCAUUGUCUCUCUUUGUUAGCGUGGAGGUCAUCCGUCUGGGGAAUAGUUUCUACAUCGACUGGGACAGGAAGAUGUAUUACCCCAAGUGUGACACUCCCGCCCAGGCCAGGACUACCACUCUGAACGAGGAGCUGGGUCAGAUCAAAUACAUCUUCAGUGACAAGACGGGCACCCUGACGCAGAACAUCAUGACCUUCAAUAAGUGCUCCAUCAACGGCAACAAUUAUGGAGACCUGUUUGGCUGUUCAGGGCAGAGGAUGGAAUUAAAUGAGAAAACACCAAGGGUGGACUUCUCGUGGAACCAGCUGGCCGAUCCAAAGUUCGUUUUCCACGACCACAGUCUGGUAGAAACUAUUAAGGAGGGCAACAUGGAGGCUCAAGCCUUCUUCCGUCUACUGGCUCUGUGCCACACUGUGAUGCCUGAGGAAAAGAAAGAGGGGGAGCUCCACUAUCAGGCUCAGUCCCCCGAUGAGGGCGCUCUGGUCACAGCCGCAAGAAACUUUGGAUUUGUGUUCCGCUCACGCACACCGGAGACCAUCACGGUCAUAGAGAUGGGCAGACAGGUCACCUACGACCUUUUGGCUGUGUUGGACUUCAAUAAUGUGCGCAAGAGGAUGUCCGUCAUAGUGCGUGACCCUGAAGGGAAGCUGACUCUGUACUGCAAAGGAGCAGACACUGUCAUCUAUGAGAGGCUGCACUCCUCCUGUAACAAACUGAUGGGCAUCACCACCACACACCUCAAUGAGUACGCAGGCGACGGGCUUCGCACAUUAGUUCUGGCUUUCAGGGACUUGGACGAGCGCUGUGUUAAGGAGUGGAUGCAGCGCCACCACGAGGCCAGCACCGCCAUUGAAGGAAGAGAGGAGAAACUUGAACAGCUGUUUGAAGAGAUCGAAAAAGACUUGUUGCUUCUGGGAGCAACAGCUGUAGAAGACAAGUUGCAGGAUGGAGUCCCACAGACAAUAGAGCAGCUGGCUAAGGCUGACAUCAAAAUGUGGGUGUUGACUGGAGAUAAACAAGAGACGGCUGAGAAUAUCGGCUAUUCCUGCCACAUGCUGCGGGAAGAGAUGAAGGAGGUGUUUGUGGUGUCUGCAAAUACAUCAGAAGGUGUCAAAGAAGAGCUACGGAGUGCCAGAAGGAAAAUGUGUCCAACAGCGGCCGAGGAACCAACGGUGACCAAAGCUCGUGCAGGCCUCCUCUGGCUUCGGAAGACAGAAACUGUGCCUGAUGACAAAGUGGACGGAGAAUAUGCUCUUGUUAUAAAUGGACACAGUCUGGCCUUUGCUUUGGAGAAAGGCUUGGAGCUGGAACUGUUGAGGACAGCAUGCAUGUGCCAAACAGUGAUUUGCUGCAGGGUCACUCCCCUACAGAAAGCCCAGGUUGUCAAGUUGGUGAAGAAAUAUAAACAGGCAGUGACUUUGGCCAUUGGGGACGGGGCCAACGAUGUCAGCAUGAUCAAAGCCGCACAUAUCGGCGUCGGUAUCAGCGGCCAGGAGGGCAUGCAGGCUGUCCUGUCCAGCGAUUACUCCUUCGCCCAGUUCCGGUACCUGCAGCGCCUCCUGCUGGUGCACGGGCGCUGGUCCUACCUACGCAUGUGCAAGUUUCUCCACUAUUUCUUUUACAAGAACUUCACCUUCACCUUCGUGCACGUCUGGUAUGCCUUCUUCUGCGGGUUCUCGGCACAGACCGUGUAUGACCAGUGGUUUGUCAGCAUGUACAACGUACUGUACACAGUUCUCCCAGUUGUUGGCAUGAGUCUCUUUGACCAGGACGUGAAUGAUCGCUGGAGUUUCCAGUACCCUCAGCUUUACGCCCCGGGGCCUCUGAACCUUUACUUCAAUAAGAAGUCUUUUAUGCGCUGCAUGAUCCACAGCUGCUUCAGCUCCCUCGUCGUGUUCUUCAUCCCUUGGGCGGCCAUGCACGACACGGUGCGAGAUGACGGAAAAGACGUCGCGGACUAUCAGUCCUUCGCUUUACUGGUGCAGACUUGUCUCCUUGUUGUGGUCAACAUCCAGCUUUGUCUGGACACCUAUUACUGGACAGCUGUAAACCAGUUCUUCAUGUGGGGCAGCCUGGUAAUCUACUUCCUCACCACGUUUGCCAUGCACAGCAACGACAUGUUCUUCAUCUUCGCCUCUGUUUUUCCCUUCAUCGGUACAGCCAGGAGCUCCCUCAACCAGCCGAGCGUGUGGCUAACUAUAUUCUUGACAUGCCUCCUUUGUGGUUUGCCAGUGGUGGCUUUCCGUUUCAUGAUCAUCCAGCUGAGACCCACCAUCAAUGACAAGGUGAGACUAAAGGUACGUAAGGAGGUGUUGCCUGCUCCCGGUCCUCGCCAUCCACCCGCGAGGCGUAGCAGCACCCGGCGGUCGAGCUACGCCUUCUCUCACGCUGAAGGCUACGGGGAUCUCGUCACGUCCCGGAAGUUCCUGCCGAAACGUCCCGCAAAGAGUCGGCCCGCCCUGUUCAAUAAUUCCCCUUUGGCACAGAACAGACCACAACUCUACCGUACCGUGACAGAGGAGACCAGCUUUGGAUGAGAGCAGCGAUGUACGUAACACCGCCCAGCUGCUCAUCUUCUUACGUGGGAUAACUGCAGACUUUCAAAUCACGGAGGAGCUGGCAGCCAUGCAGUCAAUUAAAGACACAACCACAGGUAAUGACUUGUUCACAUAGGUAAAUGCGUGUUUGGACAUGUUAGGACUGAAAUGGGACAAGCUGGCAGGUGUGACAACAGAUGGUUGUCCAAAUCUGACGGGGAAAAAAUGUUGGACUUUUAAAGAGGAUGCAGGAUAAAGUGACAGAAAUUGACAUUUUUGCAUUGUAUUAUACAUCAUGAAGUGUUGUGUAAGACAGUGUUAAAAAUAAAACCAUCAAAAGCAAUCUGCUUUUGUAUAAAGUUAAGUUAGGUUAAAUGAAAUUAUUAUUAUUAAUAUUAUUUGUCUUACGAUAUAUCAAAAAUAAUUUGAGCAAAAUUUAAUUGAAAUAUUGUCAGUGUGGCCCUCCAGCAGUGCUCAGGUUGCUCAUGCGGCCCCCGGUAAAAAUUAAUUGCCCACCCCUGCUCCACAUAAUACUGUAUCUUAAUUAAGGAUGUCAAAGUUAACGCAUGCGAUUAAUCACAAAAAUGUAUGGCAUCAUUCAUGUAUAAAUCCAUUUUUUUAAAUAAACUUCAAUAAGCUUGUUUUCCUAAGCAAAUGUGUUAAAGAAGAGUACAUGCAGACACAUUUUGCAUUGAGAUUAUGGUUUAGUACUUUAUCUAUCGGCUAC